AUGAGCACCACGUUUCUGCAGACUUCAUCCUCCACUUUUGGGGGUGGCUCUAGCCGGGGGGUUUCCCUCCGAGCCGGGGGAGGCUGCUUUGGUGCAGGGAGCCUCUGUGGAGGAGGUGGAGGCCGUAGCAUCUCAGCUUCUUCUAGUAGGUUUGUUUCCUCAGGGUCAGGAGGAGGCUAUGGGGGUGGCAUGAGCUGUGGCUUUGGUGGAGGUGCAGGUAGUUUUGGUGGAAGCUUUGGAGGUGGCCUUGGAGGUGGCUUUGGUGGGGGUUUCGGCAGUGGCCUUGGUGGGGGUUUUGGCGGUGGCUUUGGUAACUUUGGUGGCGAUGGUGGUCUUCUCUCUGGCAACGAGAAGAUCACCAUGCAGAACCUCAACGACCGGCUGGCCUCCUACCUGGACAAAGUUCGUGCCCUGGAGGAGGCCAACACUGAGCUGGAGGUGAAGAUCCGUGAGUGGUACCAGAAGCAGAGCCCGACCAGCCCAGAGUAUGACUACAACCACUAUUUCAAGAUCAUGGAGGAGCUCCGGGACAAGAUCCUGGCAGCCACCAUCAACAACUCCCGUGUCAUCCUGGAGAUUGAUAAUGCCAGGCUGGCUGCAGAUGACUUCAGACUCAAGUAUGAGAAUGAGCUGGCCCUGCGCCAGAGUGUGGAAGCUGACAUCAACGGCCUGCGCAGAGUGCUGGACGAGCUGACCCUGGCCAGGACUGACCUGGAGAUGCAGAUUGAGAGUCUGAAUGAGGAGCUGGCCUACCUGAAAAAGAACCAUGAGGAGGAGAUGAAGGAGUAUGGUAGCCAGCUGGCGGGCCAGGUCAAUGUGGAGAUGGAUGCAGCACCUGGUGUGGACCUGACCCGUGUGCUGGCUGAGAUGCGGGAGCAGUAUGAGGCCAUGGCAGAGAAGAACCGCCGGGAUGCUGAGGCUUGGUUCUUCAGCAAGACUGAGGAACUGAACAAAGAAGUGGCCUCCAACACAGAAAUGAUCCAGACCAGCAAGACAGAGAUCACGGACCUGCGACGCACUCUCCAGGGGCUGGAGAUCGAGCUGCAGUCCCAGCUCAGCAUGAAAGCUGGUCUGGAGAGCUCCCUGGCAGAGAUCGAGUGCCGCUAUGCCACACAGCUGCAGCAGAUUCAGGGGCUUAUCAGCAGCCUGGAGACACAGCUGAGUGAGCUCCGGUGUGAGAUGGAGGCUCAGAAUCAUGAGUACAAUAUGCUGCUGGACAUUAAGACGCGGUUGGAGCAGGAGAUCGCCACCUACCGCAGCCUACUGGAAAGCCAGGAUUCCAAGAUGGCUGGCUUUGGCACCAGGGAAGUUUCUCUGGGAGGUGGUGGUGGUGGCAGUAGCAGCAGCAGCGGAAAAGUCCACAUCAACGUAGAGGAAUCAGUGGAUGGGAAGAUAGUGUCUUCUCACAAGAGAGAACUCUAA